CGCGGGCCGCGCGCCCCCAGCUGCCCGAAGCGCGCGCCGGGAGCCUGGCAGUCGCGCAGACCGUGUCCCUGCCCCUCUAGGGGCGUCCUCCCAUGUUCCUGCACGGCCGCGACGCUCUUUCCCAGCAGCCGAGUGCCGGAGUGGGGCCGGGAAAGGGGACACAGGCCGUGCAGAGGCUGAGGGGCUGCGAAACGGCGUCCCUUCAGGCGACGCCGAGGGGGGAGGUGGGAACCCCCAGCAAGGGGCUGGGCGGGAGGAGACCGCGCGGGCGUCCUGGGGGACGGCCAGGCGCGGAGGGCGAGGCUGUUGAGAAGGUUCAGGGCAUUUCACCAGGACCGCGGGCGCCGUCCGUGAAUCAGGGGUCCCCUCGGGGCUCCAAGCAUUUGACUUGGGCAUUUCGCGGGUUUCCCAGCGCCAUCUAGCCUUGAAACCAACAAGACUGAAAAACGGCUCCAGCCAAAUGUUCUCUUCCCUCUAAGGAGAGAAACUGAGCGCGUCAGCUAGAGGGGACUCCAGAGGGCUGCUCCGGCCCUCAGUGGGUUGAAGGAGCAGAAGUUGACAGGGAGGCGGGAGUGGAAAGCGCCCACCUUGACCCUUGAAUGCCCCCUGUGUUUCUCUCUCUGCUGAGUGGGUUUGGCCGCGCUGACCACCCGGGAGGAGGAGGGACGGACGACGUUCGGCGAGCUCCGACCGUGCCGCCUUCAUGUGGCCGCUGACGGGGACCCAGGAGGGAACCAGCAUGAGGCGAAGCCUCUCCUCCCUCCUCGCCUCCCAGGUGCCGGAGCUGGCAAUGUGGAGACGUGAGGGGACCCGCGGCUGACCCCGGGUUCUCCAGGACUCCACGAGGAACCCAGGCGGUCCUCCGCGCCCGGGGCAGGAGAGAGUGGCGCGGGGGUCCGAGGCAGGCGCCCGGGAAGAGCCCCAGCCUCGCCAUGGGGCAUAACGGCAGCUGGAUCUACCGAAACGCCAGCGAGCCGCGCAACGCGUCGGGCGCUGAGACUGCUGAUGCCAACCGCAGCGCGCUCGGGGAGUUUGGCGAGGCGCAGCUGUACCGCCAGUUCACCACCACCGUGCAGGUCGUCAUCUUCAUAGGCUCGCUGCUCGGAAACUUCAUGGUGUUAUGGUCAACUUGCCGCACAACCGUGUUCAAAUCUGUCACCAACAGGUUCAUUAAAAACCUGGCCUGCUCGGGGAUUUGUGCCAGCCUGGUCUGUGUGCCAUUUGACAUCAUCCUCAGCACCAGUCCUCACUGCUGUUGGUGGAUCUACACCAUGCUCUUCUGCAAGGUCGUCAAGUUUUUGCACAAAGUUUUCUGCUCUGUGACUAUCCUCAGCUUCCCUGCCAUUGCCUUGGACAGGUAUUACUCCGUCCUCUAUCCGCUGGAGAGAAAAAUAUCUGAUGCCAAGUCCCGAGAACUAGUGAUCUACAUCUGGGGCCAUGCAGUGGUGGCCAGCAUCCCUGUGUUCGCGGUGACCAAUGUGGCCGACAUCUAUGCCAUGUCCACCUGCACCGAAGUCUGGAGCAACUCCUUGGGCCACCUGGUCUACGUUCUGGUCUAUAACAUCACCACGGUCAUUGUGCCCGUGGUGGUGGUGUUCCUCUUCUUGAUACUGAUCCGACGGGCCCUAAGUGCCAGCCAGAAAAAGAAGGUCAUCAUAGCAGCCCUCCGGACCCCACAGAACACCAUCUCCAUCCCCUACGCCUCCCCGAGGGAGGCUGAGCUGCACGCCACCCUGCUGUCUAUGGUGAUGGUCUUCAUCUUAUGUAGCGUGCCCUACGCCACCCUGGUUGUCUACCAGACUGUGCUCAAUGUCCCAGAUACUUCCGUCUUCUUGUUGCUCACAGCCAUUUGGCUGCCCAAAGUCUCUCUGCUGGCGAACCCUGUGCUCUUUCUUACUGUGAACAGAUCCGUCCGCAAGUGCUUGGUGGGGACCUUGGUACAACUGCACCAUCGGUACAGUCGCCGAAAUGUGGUCAGCACAGGGAGCGAGGUGGCUGAUGCCAGCCUGGAGCCCAGCAUGCGUUCAGGCAGCCAGCUCCUGGAGAUGUUCCACAUCGGGCAGCAGCAGAUAUUUAAGCCCACGGAGGAUGAGGAAGAGAGCGAAACCAAGUACGCUGGCUCAGCUGACCUCCAGGCUAAGGAGCUACUCACCCCCUGCCUGGAGGCAGAGCAGGGGCCAGAGUUUGCAUCCCCCGCCCCACCCCCAGGUACAGUGGACUCUGUAUCCCAGGUGGCACCAGCAGUCCCCGUGGAACCCGAGACAUUCCCUGCCAAGUAUUCCCUGCAGUUUGGCUUUGGGCCUUUUGAGCUGCCUCCCCAGUGGCUCUCAGAGACCCGAAACAGCAAGAAGAGGCUGCUUCCCCCCUUGGGCAACACCCCAGAAGAGCUAAUCCAGACAAAGAUGCCCAAGGUAGGCAGGGUGGAGCGGAAGAUGAGCAGAAACAAUAAAGUGAGCAUUUUCCCCAAGGUGGACUCCUAGCAAGGCUUGUAAAUCCCUGGAAGUAACAGUGCAUCCACAUUCCUGCCCUCACAUCCCUCGGCCCUGUGAUUUGUAUGAUCUCAUUGCAACCCAGUAUGGGCUGACGCUCCUAUAUGGGCUGAAUGCUUUUGAAUGAGAGGGAAAUCUAUAUCCAAUCAAAUGUCCUCUUUAUUGAGGGCGUAAAUAUAUAUACAUAUAUUUAUUUAUUUAUUUCAUGGUCCAUGUCCUUAUUAAAGUCCACGUUCCUCUCUGUGGAGACAAGAGCUAGGUAGUGGGGACUAGGUUUUGGGUAGGUACUCUGUGUGCAUGUCUGGGGCUAUGUCAGUUCCAGGACCCUGCAGAGAAUACAUGGAGAGAAGAGCAUCCCUGGGCUCAAAGGGAGCAGAGGCCUUUUAAGGGAAACCCAAUAUAAUGAUGGAGCCAUGUGGUAACAAAGAAAAUGCCUAUUUGAUUGGCUUUAAAAAUGACAAAUAUUUAAAAUGUUUUGUAUUUAUCUGUAUCUCCAGGGAAGAUAGGGCCAGGGCAUUUGACACUGUUUCUCUGGAAGUCCUAAUCAUGUGACUGACAGUUUCUCCUGAUGCCCUUGAUUUCCUUUGCUGGGAUGUAGGUGAGAGAUGAAUGACUAUUGCACCCCUUUUGACAAACAUGGCAGUGGAUGUGCCCAGGGAUAAGGGAGAUAUUCUGUCCUUGAUUAUCCUGACAUUCUCUUGACAUCACUAAGGCCUCAGAAAGAUAUGUUUGCAGUGUUGGUUGAAAAACACUGCAAGCUCUUUACCAUGUCUUUCCCCCUUAAGUUGUGUCCCCCCCCCCCCAAAUGAGAGAAAAUCUUAGAGGUGGAGGAGAAAGUCUAAGAAAUAUCCACAUUCUAGUCUUUUCUCUUCCCACAUGAUCUCAUGUGAAAGGUUCUGUGCAGCAAUCAGUAGGAAUAAAGUAUACUGAAAAAGAUUAUCUUGUGCAAACUUCUGGAAUUAAAAGGCUAUUUAAAAAAGCAAAGUUAUAAUGUAAACGGGUCCUCUGGAAACAUCAAGCUAAAAAAACUUGAAUAGGAAAGGUGAUUCUGCCCUCCAAAAUAAGAAAAGUUGGUUCCCCUCCAAAGAGAACAAGAGGACUGCAGAACUGGGCAUUGCCAGUCUCACUUUCAGUCUGUGCAUCUGUGGUUCUGCCUUCAUUUGGGGCACAAAAGAGGGACACAACACGAAGAAGGAAUUCGUCGUUGUAAAAUGCCAAGGCAACGCCUAGCCCAGGUGAGCUCUCCACUUCCUCCUUCCCAGGGAAGCUGUAGCAGGAGCUGGACAGGAUAGAAGAGGGAGGACAGUGUCCUCAACCUAUCAGUCCCAGGGGGGCUCUUACAAGCGAUUGAAGUCCACUUUGGGGUGAGUUUGACCAAGCUGAACUCAAACCACAAACAACAUUUAACUCUACAUGAGAGUGGAUCAAGUUCUUCUCUGCGGGGUGUUUUGUUCUUGUCAGUGGUAUGUAAGGGAGCCAGUCUGGUGCCUUGAGUCAGCUUAAAGGGACGUGGGCAUUUUCAGCUGCAAACUCCACAUCCCAGAGGCGGUGGUCCUCACUGAUCUUCUCCUUUAACCACACUGACCCUUGUCCCUUGGAGAAAGGUCAGACUAUGUGUAGGGAGUUACCUUUUCCUGUCCUCUUCUGAGUGUGCUGUCUUGUGCUUCCUGACUAUGAACCCGAAGACCCUUCCCCCGAGGAGGGAGUACCUUCCUCUGUGCUUGUCUUCUCGGAACAGUGUGCGCUCACAGUGGAAACAGGGGACUGCCACCACCUCUCUCCAGGGCCCCUGUUCUUUGUGCAUGCCAUCUGUAGCUCCUCGUCCUGAUACUUCACCUUGUGGCUGUUCAAGCUCAUCUUUCCAAACCUUCACAGUCGUUACAGCUUUCCUCCAGGGGAAACAUCAGCUGUCAGAAAACUGUGUCCACUUUAGAAGAAUCUGUCAAAUGUAGCCACUUUGGUGUCCUUCUGAUAAUGUGUGUGCACAUCUUAAUAAAUUCUGGUGAGCCAGAAUUUGGUAGAUAUUUCUUAUGUAUGUUCGAAGCAGAUGGUUGACUUCUAACAGGUCAUGGUCAGGCGUAUUUCUAUACUCUUUGAAGAAUUAUGUUUUAAUAAAAAAUUGAGAAGUUUCUGAACUCAAAAAA